CAUCGAUCUCCGCAGGACACGAGCUCAUCCACCAUGGCCGUCCCACGUCAACGGGUCCUUGACCUGAUGAAGGCCCGAUGCCGCAUCUUCUCCACGACCUACAAUCCCACCGGCCUCCGCCUCGGCACGCGCAUCCUCCACGAGCGCCUCAAGGGUCCCUCCGUAGCAUCCUACUACCCGCCGCGUAUCGGGACGAUCAAGCAGCUGCGCGCGCUGUACCCGGAGUUCACCAUCAUUGACGAGAAGGAGGAGGAUUGGUUGGAGCAUUUGCAGAUUGCGAGGUCGAGAGGGAAGGAGAAUCCCAAGAAGAAGAAGACGGCUGCCGAAUCGAAGAAGUUUACUAAGAGGAGAUAGUGGUAAUGGGGUUUGCUUGUCGGGCGUGGGUUCUGGGGUGAUGGAGUGGUUGGGGAGAUGUAUGAUUAAGAUGAGAGCGAAGGGCGGCAGGGAUCUGUGUACCAGUUCACGUAUGGAUGUUUUAUGGAUGUUGUAUCAUUAACGAGCAUACAGGGCGUUUGGGAAUAUCGAGUCAAGAUACUGCGGAAUCAAUUGAAUGGCUGAGGCUGGGAUAACAGAUCGUUUGCUCAGCAGUGACCACGGUGGUGUGCAUCAUCGGAUUUUCGGUGUUCUACUGAGAUGUUAUGGCAGUACUCAGCUAAUAUUCAGAACUGCAAUCAUAGUUCUCCGAAAGCGGGCUCAGAUGUUGACAUAUAGGCACAUUCUUGCUG